GGGGUGCAAGUUUGCAACGUGCUCAAAUCAAGAUGGUAAACACUGAGUUGAAUUGGUAACUACAAAGCUGAAGUCGCCACGAUCAGACUCGACAGUGAUCAACAGAUACUCCUCAGGACACCUGCAUGUGAAUGUACACUCGGCAGGGACUAGUAAAUGUAAUGAUAAUUCUAAAUUUAUUUUUCAAUCCUGUUCUACAGAAGAUAUUGCCAAGAUAUUAAGAAGACAAGCCAAAAAUGGAUAGGAAAAAAUGCAAAAGACGUUGAGAAUAGCUAUCUAAAAUCUAUAAAUAAUUCUUAAAAGUCAAAAUAAGAAAACGAAUACUCGGCUCACUGCUGCGGCUACGUGCCUCCUUGUUCUCAGCGUCACCGCUGCCGCCAUGCCCGGAGGGUUGCUUCUCGGGGAAGAAGCCCCCGACUUUGAGGCCAAUACCACCAUCGGCCGUAUCCGCUUCCACGAUUUCCUGGGAAAUUCAUGGGGCAUGCUCUUUUCCCACCCAAAGGACUUUACCCCUGUGUGUACCACAGAACUUGGUAGAGCUGCAAAGCUGGCGCCAGAGUUUGCCAAGAGGAAUGUUAAGUUGAUUGCACUUUCAGUAGAUAGUGUUGAGGAUCAUCUUGCCUGGAGCAAGGACAUCAAUGCUUACAAUGGUGCAACACCCAAAGAAAAGUUGCCAUUUCCCAUCAUUGAUGAUAAGGACAGGGACAUUUCCAUCCUUUUCUGCAUGUUGGAUCCAGUAGAGAAGGAUGCUAACAGCAUGCCUCUGACGGCCCGGGGGGUGUUCAUUUUUGGCCCUGACAAGAAACUAAAGAUGUCUCUCCUCUACCCUAACUCCACGGGCAGGAACUUUGAUGAGAUUCUCAGAGUGAUUGACUCUCUCCAGCUGACAGAAACAAAGCCGGUUGCCACCCCAGUUGAUUGGAAGAAGGGAGAGAGCGUGAUGGUCCUUCCCGACCUCCCCGAAGAGGAAGCCAAACGAUGUUUCCCUAAAGGAAUCUCCACCACAAAGCUCCCGUCUGGCAAAAAUUACCUCCGUUAUACACCCCAGCCUUAAGUCUUUGCAGGAAUUGGGGCUGCAUCUGCGCACCCAGCACUGGGACCUGAGGGUGUCAGCCGACAGCGGUGGGUCCUUGCAGCAGUUACGUAGAAAGUCUGUGACAUGAUCACAGCCGGUCUUAUAGAUCACUUGCUAUACUCCUGGGUCAUUAAAUGGAAAUGGCACCAAAACCUUCUCUGUGCCUCUCUUUACUCUGUGCCUUCGCCAGCAUUUUGCCCCUCCGCCUAUCACAGCGUCAUACUGACUGGUUUUCUUUGAAAAAAUUGUAUACUGACAAUUCCUUAGGUCUCUGCAGGUGGUCAGUGUGGGCUCCGUGCUAGAAUGGUUAAACACCUUUUGUAGCUUUCCGAACUGAAUCUUCUGUUACCCAUUUUGGAGAGCACUAACAUGGGGAGAAACUUUCGAUUCUGUAUUUUUAGUAAAUAAAAUGGGAACAGCCAGGAAAAUUGCUUCGGGGAAUCCAUUGUAAGUUUCUAUCAAAAUGGGCUCAGAAAGCCUUUCGCCUCCCAGAGUGCGCAUGUACCUCCUGGAGUUUCCACAUUUGCUCUCUGGUGAUGUCUGCGUGUGAACGCACCUUAUAAAAGACGGGCGGUGACAAUGUUUUACCACUCAAUGCCCUAGUAGUGGGUGGCCAUUUCUGAAUUCUGCUUUUGGGGGUUCAACAAAUAAAAUUCUGAUCAGAAAAAAAAAGAAAGAAAGAAAGAAAAGAAAACCAAUACAACUUUAGAGAGGUCCAUAAUCACUAACAGAUAUGUCACCAACGAUGCCGUUCACGAGGAACACAAACGUACAAAAUAUUACAGAUGCUGUGCUACUGGGUGUCAGAUUUUGUGGUAAGCACUUUUAUCCACCCAACCAUUCUGUUUGCCUGCUGUUGUCAAAGGAAAAAAACACAUCUUAACGAACUUAAAAGCAAUAAUUAUGUUUUUAUGGCAAGAAAGUGAUCCUCUGCCUCCUACUAAAAAUUAUCAUACAAAAAAUAAUCCUUAGGCUCUUGAGCUCUGAAGUUAGGCUCUUGGGAAUCUAUUUUAUUGUUUAUAUGUUUGUGUAUAAAAAAGUGAGAAAUCUGAAAGAGCAAACACAGGUACAUUUGCAAAAUGAUACACUAGCAUUUUUAUUUACAAUAGCAAAGAAAAACUCAAAAAAAAGCUUCAAAAGCUGUAAAACACUAUAGAACAACUAGUUAAACUAUAUAAAUUCAUUUAGUGAAAUAUAUGUAUGUGUAUUAUAGAAUUAUUGGGCACUUAUAAAGAUUAAAACAUCUGGGAUGUGUUGUAGUUUUAAAUGGAAAGCAGAAAGAUAAUCUUUCAAUAUUCUCAUAGAUGUGAAAAAACUAAAGAAUAGGCAGAAAAAUCUAACAGUAAUAUAUGGAGAAGAUGGAUAUAAUUUUUUUUUGUUUUUCUAUCUUUUCUUUUAUCGCUUAUUCUAAUCAUGGAAAUGUAGCUUUUUCAGGCCUAAUAUUUUCAUAGAAUGAUUACACAACUUACCCCAUCACCCAGGCAAAAGAAGGAGACUUCCUGGCUACUUCUUUAUGGUCCCUUAAAGGCUAACCUUAAUAAUUCCCAACUGAUUUCAUCUCUUAAAUACACUCAUGCAGGAGAAUGUGGGAACACAAUGUGUUUGGCAUCGAGACUUCUUGUUUGCAAGGAAUACAGACAUUUGGCAAUGGCAAUCAACUAGAUGGGGAUCAGGAAAAUUGGACAUGCCUGCCAGGUCUUCACAGUCAUUAGAGAGGAAAUACCAUCCCUAGAGUAUAUAAGAAAAGAUCAGAACUUUUAUUCAGCAAAAUUAAUCGACCCAGAAAUGCAAAUAAAACCAAUUCUAUUCAUUUA